UUUGUUUAUCACUAUGGUAAUAAAAGGGAAUUCUUGAUCAAUCUAUCACAAAAAGAAGUGACUAUGAGCUUAGAUACAAUUAAAACAUUAAAACUAUCUCAACAUCAGACAAUAUCUUUUGAAGAAUGUGAAGUUUUUCGAUGUGAAGAUUUAUUGGACACAAGGAAGAUGAAAGGGGUUGCUGAGCUCCAGGGGAGCUUACUGUCUGCCAUAAGAACUUACAAACCAUCUAGGGACCUGGUUCACCAAAUACGAAUUCUGCUCCUGGGUCCGGCUGGAGCAGGGAAGUCUAGCUUUUUCAACUCAGUAAAGUCUGUUUUCCGAGGCCAUGUAACACACCAGGCUUUGGUCGGCUCUGACAGAACUGGGAUAUCCCAGCAGUACAGGACAUAUUCCAUUAAGGAUGGGAAGGAUGGCAAGUCCUUGCCAUUUAUUCUGUGUGACUCAGUGGGGCUGAGUGAGGGAAAAGGGCUGUGCAUGGAUGACAUACCCUACAUCUUAAAAGGCCAUGUUCCUGACAGAUACCAGUUUAAUUUCAUGAAACCAAUCACACCAGGUCAUAGUAACUAUAUUGACUUCCCAUUGCUGGAGGACAGAAUCCACUGUGUGGCGUUUGUGUUUGAUGCCAACUCUAUUGAGCAGCUCUCUGAUGAGAUGGUAGCAAAGAUCAAGAAAGCUCGAAGGGAGGUGAUAAAGUGUGGUGUGGUACAUGUGGUUUUACUCACUUGUGUGGAUAGCAUGGAUAUGAUUACGGAAGGAGACCUUAUAGACAUAUACAAAUGUAUGCCUGUGAAACUCAAGCAAGAGGAAGUCCACAAAAAACUUGGAUUUGCUCUUUCUGAUAUCUUGGUGGUCAGUAAUUAUACCUCAGGGUGGGAGCUGGACCCUAUAAAGGACGUCCUGAACCUCUCUGCACUGAGACAGAUGCUGUGGGCAGCAGAUGACUUCUUAGAGGAUCUGCCUCUUGAGGAAACAGCUAUCAGAGGAAAGCACUUACUAAGUGUGCAAGAGAAAAAAUAAAUAUGUGAACCCUUCACAUAUUAAAACUUAUUAGAGAAGAGAAAACAUAGAGAAGUGAGAAACCAGGAAAAAGACAAGUAGAUGAAGCUGAAGGAGUGUAUUUUACUUAUGGCUUGGAUGAAGAUGCACAAAAAAUUUAUAAUACAAAUAAAUAACUUGGAACAGCUGAAUUUAAAGUUGUAAAAAACAAUUAUAAUCUUGUUGGGUAUAUGUUCUAUACCUGUAAAAAAUUAAAGUUUCUUCUUAUAAAA